GGAAAAAAUGGCUGCAGCCAAAUCUGGAAAGAACGACAUAAGUGACCUAGAACCAGUGAAGCCGGCUGACCCUCGUGUGAUCGAGAUCGGACAAUUUGCAGUGGCAAAGCACAACGAGGAGCCCGGGAUUGAGCUGUUUUUCGUCGCCGUGGUUGGCGGAUUCACGUGGAGCAAUUACUACGCGAUUAUCAUUGAAACUCAGGAUGGUGACGGCGCCACAUAUCUGCACAAAGCAUUGGUUUUUGCGAUCUCAGAUGAAGGCUUGGAACUCAUCUGGUACAAGAAUUAAUUAAGCACUACUCUUGAUCAUCAACUGAGGAUCAACGACUUCAAGUACUUUAAUUAUCUAGUGUCUAUAUAUGGU